AUGUCCCCCACAAAGGAUGCUCGACGAGCUGACCUGAUCGUCCCCUACCAGGAGCCCAAGGCUUCGGGCGACUCGACCGACUUCUCCUCGACAAUGUCCACGACUCUGCCUAUGGCCGCCAUGUUUACGCGAAACAAGCUUGUGGGAUGGGCCGCGGUUGUCUUUUCCAUUCAGAGCUGGCUGGGCGAGAGCGAGGAGUCUAAGAAGAACUCUACUACUCCUGGAUACUUUUCCGUUGGCAUGUCGAUCAUGUCCCUCGCUGUUACCUACCUCCCCAUGUUCCUCCCUCCUCCCGGGGCCAGGCCCGCUUCCGGCACUGAGGCCCCCGCUCCUGUUCCUGUGGCAUAA